GACGGAAAACUUGAAAGCGUCAAAACAGCCCGGGAGAGUGCUCGCACUGCUCGCGGCGGGCCGGACGCGAACUCUCCUGAAGCAGCGACCAACCCAAACCAAACUGCCGGAAGGAGCAAAGGCGAUUCUCCGCCGCCUCGGGUCCGCAGCUAGCGCGAGAGAUGGAGGAGACUGCGACGGCGACGGCGACGGCGGCGGCGGAGUCUGCGGCGGAGAAGGCGACGUCGUACAGGUACUGGGUGCGGGAGGCGACGGGCGACGCGGCGCCGCUACCCGCGCCCCGCAAGCUCGACGCCGCCGACCUCGCGGCCAACCCUGCGCCGGCCACCCUCGGCUCCGUCUGGAACCAGGCUGGCACCUGGGAGGAAAAGAACCUGAAUUCAUGGGCCAAUAGUAGGAUAAAGGAUUUACUGGGGUCUUUAGAUCCUUUGGAAUUCUCUACUGGCAAGGCUUCUGUUUAUGAAGUAUCCAGAUGCUCAGGCGAUGCGUUCUUAGUCACAGUUCGCAAUAAGAAGAGAGUGGGCUAUACUUAUGAACUGAGCUUGAAAUUCAAAGGUGAAUGGUUAAUUGAGGAAGAAAACAAGAAGGUCAAGGGUCACCUGGAGAUUCCUGAAUUUUCGUUUGGCGAGCUUGAAGACUUGGAGGUAAAUGUAAGGUUGAGCGAAGACAAGGAUAUCUCAUCUGACAUCAAAGCGCAGAUUUGCAAGGAUAUGAAGUCCUUCCUUGCACCUAUUCAGGAGAAACUGCGCGAGUUCGAAAAGGAGCUGAAAGAUAGAUAGCGAGCUGGGUAGAAGGGCAAGUGACGCUUGCGCUGUUUGCCCUUUCGAAAUUACGAAUCCAUUCAUUCAUGAAACUGUUUAGCCGCACUGGAUAUGCAAUGUACGGUUGGCAUCGUUGAUCUGGAGUACACGGUCGUUGUCCGUGCUUGUAAUUCUGUUGAGUUUCAGGUCCGUGUGGACGGAGACUCUGUAACCUGUAUGACUGGUUUUGUUCCGAGAGCCAAGUUUCGUGCGUGGAAGGGAAACUGGAAGUGUUGCUGGACCGAA